AUGGAAAUACCAUCAACUCAUUUGCAACGUAACUGCAGAGGUAUUCGACUCGAAGACUGGUGUUUAGACUGGCCUGUAUUCUUACUAGAAUCUGAUAGCUCAAUGUUUUCUGUCCAGCAGCACAUUCAGUCACUGGUUCGUAAAGAUCCUGCCAACAUCACUGCUAUUCUGGAUUUUCCUGCUGGUCAGGAUGAACCAGUCUGGCAAUACGAGCAUUUGAGACAAGUAUGCAACGAACUCAAUAGUCUUUUUGUCAUUCUGGCAGAAGAGUGUCUUCCUUCAACCUGUCCGGAUAUGAAGGCUGCAGAAUGGUUGUAUCUUUGUGCUGCCCAUCCGUCUCCCCAGCCUUGCUCUGCAAUCGACUACAUUGUACAUACCAUCGAUGGUGCUUCUGCUUUACUAAACAACUCUGGCAUGUUCCCAUCCAGAGUAACAAUUCCCAAGGAAUCUGUUAAACACUUGCAUAAUAUUGCAAGACGCUUGUAUAGGAUCUUUGCUCAUGCCUAUUUUCAUCACCGUGAGGUGUUUGUCGAGUUCGAGGCAAGUGUUUGCACAACGAUCUGCUUUUGA